GCCAUGUGCAGGAUGUGUUACUUAUUAUGGAUGUAUACAAACUAGCUUUAAACUUCAAGCUCUCUCGACUGGAACAGCUCUGCCUUCAAUAUAUUGAAGCAUCUGUAGAUUUGCAGAAUGUGCUCAUUGUGUGUGAAAAUGCUAACAAGCUUCAGCUGGAUCAGCUAAAGGAACAUUGCCUGAACUUUGUGGUGAAGGAAUCACAUUUUAAUCAAGUAAUAAUGAUGAAGGAGUUCGAGCAUCUUUCUUCAUCCCUUAUAGUGGAGAUUGUCCGGAGAAAGCAGCAACCUCCUGUUCGAACACACUCCGAUCAGCCACUUGACAUCGGAACAUCUUUAAUUCAGGACAUGAAGGCUUACCUAGAAGGAGCCGGGACUGAAUUCUGUGAUAUCAUCCUUCUCUUAGACGGCCACCCGCGGCCAGCCCAUAAAGCAAUCCUAGCAGCACGCUCCAGUUACUUUGAAGCCAUGUUCCGUUCCUUCAUGCCAGAAGAUGGGCAAGUGAAUAUUUCUAUAGGUGAAAUGGUUCCCAGCAAGCAAGCAUUUGAGUCUAUGCUUAGAUACAUUUAUUAUGGAGAAGUAAACAUGCCUCCUGAAGACUCCCUCUACCUCUUUGCUGCACCUUACUAUUACGGCUUCUCCAACAACAGACUACAAGCCUAUUGUAAGCAGAAUCUAGAAAUGAAUGUCACAGUGGAGAACGUACUCCAGAUUUUAGAGGCAGCUGACAAGACCCAGGCCCUGGACAUGAAGAGGCACUGCCUGCACAUCAUCGUUCACCAGUUCACCAAGGUCUCCAAGUUGCCAAAUCUCCGCUCCCUAAGUCAGCUCCUCCUCCUUGACAUCAUAGAGUCAUUAGCUAACCACAUAUCAGACAAGCAGUGUGCAGAGCUGGGCUCAGACAUAUGACAUGCUUUGGUAAUCAAACUUUUUGUUUGUUCCUCAAAAAAAACCUAGCACUUUACGGCUGACUCUCUUUUUUACCAUUCCAUACUCAGCUCCUCAGAGUGUCUGUACAACGUAGCAGGCAGCCAAGAGGAGCACGGACAGCUCACUCUCCCCUGGAUUGGCUUGGGUUGUACCUUUGUGGAGAAGGGUUUGGUCUCUGUUACGCAAAUGUAAAAUUAAGCCAUU